AUGUAUAAGAGAUUUACAAAAUAAUUUUCAAUCCUAUCGCUGAAUUAAUGUAAAUUAUUAUAAGGAGUAUCUGUGGUAACAGAGUACCCUAGAAUCAAAAGAAACUACUGUGAAAGAAUUUGUAAGGCUAAACUCAGUAUGAGUGAGGAAAGUAGAAUUAUUUCUAUGAAGUAAGUAUUAGAAAUAACAGACGGUAUGCCAUUCUAUUUGUAAACGAAGCCAUGGUUCUUAUUAUAUUUGAUAAAUAGACAUGGUCAAUGAGCUUUAAUAUGUAGGUAGUUCUUAUUAAGAAUUUUUGAGGAGAACCGAAUACGCUGGCCCUCAUGUUAUUCUAAUAAAGGAUUCUGGGAAGAAGGUGUUUGGUGGAUUCUUAUUGAGUUCGUGGAGACUAUCUAAGAAUGAGUUUUCAGAUAGAGAGAAAUAAUUUUGGUUAUCAGCCUAUACAAAUCACACAAGGAUUUUCAAGAGGACUCAAAAAAACAGGCGUUUAUAGAUGGCUGAUGAGACUGGGUUCAGUAUUGGAGCAGGAGAAAACUAAGUUAGUGAUAAUAUAAUUUAGAUAUGGUUUAUUUGUAAGCAGUUCCUUUAGUAAAGGGGAAUCUAAUUGGAGUGA